AUGUAUGAUCUUGAAAAUGGAUACGUGCCAGCUUAUCACUGUGCGAUUAACACCUGCAUACCGGGCAGUUUAGCUGGAGGGAACGAGCAACGGAAGGAUUAUAUGAAUGCUGAAAUGGAUAGCCCAGUUAAACAAGCGACGUCUUCAAAAUCUACUCAUCGGAAAUGGAACGUACUCAAACAUGGGGUUAUGUGGGCGCGUAAAUUGCGAACUGCUGCUGGCCGACAACAUUGUGAUUCAUCCAAGAAUGACAAAACGGCUUCAUCUCAAAAUGCGGAUGCCAAUGACCCGAACCAGCGGUCAAGUCGACGGAUAAAAAGGGCAAUCCCGGGAAGAUCUCCAACAGAGUUGCGGCCACAAACGCUGGAAGGUUUCGAAAACCCUGGUAUUCAAAUAGCCUAUGAAGAAACCGCUGUCGAUCUGGAGUAUGCAGACAACAUCGUUCUCAUCUUCAAAGAGAAGAAAGAGCAAGUGUUUUUCGAUGAACUGACUGAAGUCAUCAUGUCCCUUGGUAUGAACUUUUCACCCACAAAGUGUAAGUUCAUGCUUGUGGACGUGCAGUCACUGAACACGCCACUUACAAUCCAGGGAGAGGUACUGGAAGUUGUGGAGCGUUUUACGUACCUUGGAAGUUGUAUUAGUUCUGACUAUAGUGGGGCAGAUGAGGUGAAUGCACGAAUCUCGAAGGCUCGGGCCGCGUUUGCUAACUUGAGACACCUAUGGCGUCAGAAUGGUUUAUCCCUGAAUCUGAAGGGACAUGUUUAUCAAGCUACAGUACGGACUGUUUUUUUGUAUGAAUGUGAGACAUGGCCCGUUCGGGCAGCGGAACUGAGACGACAAUCGUUGUCCCAGAACCAUAGCUCGCGUGGGUUGAUGUCGGCGAAUCCAUAA